CAUUCGCCAGUAGCAUGAAAUUGUUUUGUUACAUUGUUACUUAGUGAAAGGUAGAAUGAAGGAUUUAUGGGAGAGUUCUACAUACUUCAACUUUUAAGGAUUGCGCCACCGAGCACCGUCAAACCGCCCACCGCCACCGUCCACCGCCACCGUCACCUCCAAGGUUCCUCCUACAUGAUCAUGCCUUCUCUCACUCUCUACUUCACGAAAUUCCAUGAAUUGAAGAAAAUGAGAAAAUACAGUGUGCAGACCUUGCUACUAGCAUUCGCUUCCUUCCUUUUACUCUUCUUCCUAUCCCCAUCCAUUCCUCAGCCUCAGCGAUACCAUCAUUUUGCUGACAACCGCAAUUUCUUCGGCAUUCCCAAUGCUCUUAACGUCAUAUCAAAUUUCCCGUUCAUGGUGAUUGGCCUCAUUGGCCUUGUGCUUUGCCACCGUAGGAGCUAUUUCAACAUCAGUUUGGAAGGUGAACUAUGGGGUUGGAAAUGCUUUUAUGCUGGUGUCACUUCAGUUGCUUUUGGUUCUUCAUACUAUCAUCUUCACCCAGAUAAUGCUUCCCUUCUCUGGGACAGAAUACCAAUGACUAUUGCUUUUGCUUCACUGAUGGCAACCCUAAUCAUUGAAAGGAUUGAUCCGAAGAAGGGAACACAUGCAAUUGUGCCUUUGAUUAUGAUUGGCAUAAUUAGCAAUGUGUAUUGGAGGUUCUUUGGUGACAUCCGUUUAUAUAUUCUAGCACAAAGUGCAGCAUGCAUUGCUAUACCUCUCAUGGCUACUUUAUUGCCUCCAAUGUACACACAUUCACCAUAUUGGCUCUGGGCUUCAGGAUUUUAUCUUCUAGCUAUGCUGCAAGAGACCACUGAUAGGGUGAUUUAUGCAUUGACUUUUCAUACUGUCAGUGGUCACACACUUAAGCAUUUAUCUGCUGCUAUGGUUCCUGUCAUCCUCACACUCAUGCUUGCAAAGAGAAGUGUUUACUCGGGGAAGCUUUUGCAUGCAAAGUCUGCUUAAAGCAUUUCCCAGGCCUAGAUUAAAUAAGGACUUCACCAUUCUCAUCCACUUAGAAAAAAAGAAAGGAUAAAUUGCUAAGGGAUUUAGAGUAUAACACAAGAUGAAGGAGUUUGUUAAAUAUUUUAUGUUUUUCUUUAAUAUUAUGUGCUUUAGUUGUACAAUAAUACAAAACAUUUAUUGGAAUUAACUUUUUAUUUGUAUAUGUAUGGUUUCUGAUCCUCAAUUUAUACAUAAAACCU